GAUACAACUGAAAUGAAAAAUAUGUUCACGGUUUAGAGAUUUAUUUUAGAGCAAAAAAAACUUGAGAAUUUUUUUUUUACUUGCAAGUAAACGUAAACGUUUAAACGCGCGCCGGUUUUACACUUAACUGUGCUCUUAACUGUCAGCGUACCGAUAAUGACAUGACGUCAGUUACGCUAUUGUCUGAACUGUCUAAACGUUAACGACACGACAACGUUACGUUACAGUGACCAUGAACUACAUGUGAAAUGUUUGGGAUAAUUAACCAACGACGAUGCAUGGUGGUUUUAUUGCGUAUUUAACUUGUAAAUAGAGAGAAAAAAAUAAAUAUUCACAAAUGAUAGAAUAAGAAUGGAUGUAUAUAGCACUAUUAUCAUAGUUUUAUCCUUCUUCAAAGCCGUAUACGCACGACACUGGUGUGAAGUAUACAAGCCUGAUUCCCUGGAACCACUACCAGAGAAGAUAUGGUGUGACACGGGGUGCUGCGGUGGUCGGUACGACACCCAUUGCUGUAAUGUGAAGUCAGAAUUUGCCAUUGUAGAGGGGGUACUUGUGGCUUUAGGAGGUUUCUUACUUAUACUAGCAAUUAUCAUCACGGCGUGUUGUUGUUGGUCGCACUACCGGAAGAUACGCAGCCAUUCAAUAACGACUAUACCCGUCGGCACGGAAAUUGUCACAGAUAUUAAGCCACAGGCAAACGGACACAUAUAAUAUAAGCGGUUUUUUAAAACAUGUCAACAAUUUUGACAUUUUAACAGCAACUAAAAGCUAAAACAAUUUUAAAUUCGAAAAUAAAAAACAACCCAACUCUCUACGACGUGUUACUAGUAACCUUUGGAAGAGUGUACUGUAGGAAAACGACAUUCUACAUAAGGUAGAAACCACCACCUAAUGGCUCAUUACAUCUUGAAACAUUCUAGGUUUUGUCAUUAUUAGUGUGAUAUUUAUGACAUAAAUUAUAUUAUUCGUGAGAGUAAAGUAAUUAAAGCUUUUUAUAGUGUCUCUAAUUGCUAUCUCAACAUUGAAAGUUUUUAAUUGUAAAAA